AUGUCGAGUCUUAACCUGCUAAAUCCAAAGGCAGAGUACAUAAAAAAGCAGCAGGCAAUGGCCGUUCAGAUCACUGCUGCUUCUGGAAUGCAGGAAGUUCUCAAAACAAACUUGGGACCGAAAGGUACCAUGAAAAUGCUCGUGGGGAGUUCUGGGCAAAUCAAGUUGACAAAAGACGGAAACGUGUUGCUCCAUGAAAUGCAAAUUCAGCAUCCUACCGCUUCGCUGAUUGCUAGAACGGCGACUGCUCAGGACGAUAUUACUGGAGACGGCACAACAUCGACGGUUCUGUUCAUUGGUGAACUCAUGAAGGUGGCAGCUCGCUAUGUGAACGAAGGCGUGCAUCCGCGUCUGUUGACCGAUGGAUUUGAAAUUGCCAAGACGGAAUGUCUCCGAUUCCUCGACACGUUCGCUGAGCCUAUCGAAGACAUCGAGAACGACCACGAGCUUCUCUACAGCGUGGCCCGCACCUCCCUGCGCACCAAGCUCGAAGAAACCCUUGCGGACCACCUCACCGAAAUGGUCACCGACGCGGUGCUCACCGUGAAGCGUCCUGGCAAACCGCUGGACAUCCUGAUGAUCGAGCAAAUGGAGAUGAUCACGAAGGACGCUCUGGACAGUCGCCUGGUGAAAGGCCUGGUGCUGGACCACGGCGCCCGGCACCCGGACAUGCCGAAAUCGUUGAAGAACUGCUACGUCCUGAUCCUGAACGUGUCUCUGGAGUACGAGAAAAGCGAGACGAACGCGUCGUUCGUGUACAGCACCGCGCAGGAGCGCGACGAGCUCGUGGCCGCCGAGCGCAAGUUCACCGACGACAAGGUGCGCAAGAUCAUCGACUUCAAGAACACGCUCUGCCCGCCGGACGGCGACCGCAGCUUCGUCGUGAUCAACCAGAAAGGCAUCGAUCCGCUCUCCCUCGACAUGCUCGCCAAGGCCAACAUCCUCGCGCUGCGACGCGCCAAGCGACGCAACAUGGAGCGUCUCUCCCUCGCCUGCGGCGGCAUCCCCAUGAACAGCGUCGACGACCUCUCCCCCGCGGUUCUGGGCUUCGCGGGGCACGUGUACGAGCAGACGGUCGGCGAGGACAAGUUCUGCUUCGUCGAGGACGUCCGCAACCCCUUCUCCUGCACGCUGCUGCUCCAGGGACCCAACCAGCAGGUCGUGGCGCAGCUGAAGGACGCGGCGCGCGACGGAAUCCGCGCGGUGAAGAACGCGCUGGAGGACGGCCGGCUGGUGCCCGGAGCGGGCGCGUUCGAGCUGGCGGCGUACGAGGAUUUGAUGAAGAUGGCGGGAACGGUGGAGGGAAAGGCGAAGCUGGGCGUGCGCGCGUUCGCAGAGGCGCUGCUGGUGAUCCCGAAGACGUUGGCAGAGAAUAGCGGAUUUGAUGUGAUGGAUACGAUUCUGGAGGUGCAGGAGGAGAUUCAGAAAUCGGGAAUGAAGGGAGGGAUUGAUGUGGUGACGGGAAAGGUGAUGCUGCCGUCUAUGGAGGGCGUGUGGGAUAAUUACCGCGUGAAACGACAGUUUAUCCAGCUGAGCACGGUAAUCGCCAGCCAGCUGCUAUUGGUGGACGAGGUGAUGAGUGCAGGUCGGAACAUGGGUGCUCAGUCACAAGCGCCAGCGGAAGAGGAUUAAGUGUUUGGGUUGAGUUUUUUUUGUUGCAAACGGACUGGAAAGCGAGACAAACUCGGCUUUCCAAAAAAUUCUUUUAUGAACGGUAUUGAUGGAAAUCCUGCUGGGAAUGCCAUCCCGGCACAGAUACCAAUCUAUAGAGACAUUUAUGACUACUUCAUGUUUAUUCGUUCCCAAUUGGAUUAUCGAAAGGGAACCUAUGUUUUCAAUUUGCGGAAGAAACUGUACUGCGAGCAGAUCAACAAUAUUCUAGCCUGCGCAAGCCAACUGAGUUUUCUUGAUAACUCUACUUUUGUUAAUUCCCAUGAGCAGAAGCUGGAAGGGAACUACAUGGAUCUCGAAUGUGAAUUUAUUCGAACGAUUCAUUACAACCUGCAAGUCUGUGUUGUCACCGUAAGCGUUCUAUUUUGUGCUCUCAUCUCUAGUACUGGUAUAAAUUGUCCACUACGGACCCUUCUUUAACAAACCUGAUUCAAACUUUUCUAACUCUCCUUCAUAAAGAUAUCGGCCUGUAUUCUAUGCAAUAUGUUCUUCAGAUUUACCGAAAAUAUAUUCCGGACAAAACCAGUUCUACGGAAGUACAACACUCCAUUCUCGCCUAUUUGAUGGUUUGCGAGCUGGACGGUGAGCUUAAAAAGACGAUAUUCUACAAACUUUUCCCCUCUCUUCUUCACCCCGCCAGCGGCGUGAACCUCGGCACCAUCGGUGCUUCCAUUCGUUGCCAUCUCGCUCAGAUCGAGGAUUCUCCCGGUUUCCGCUUUGUAGUCCCCUAUCUUGUGUGCUGCCCGUGCAUUCUGUGAUUUCUAGCGCUUCGGUACUUCCUAUCUUUUCGACAUUACCAACGACAAGUCGCUCGAUGUUGUCUCCACCUAUCUAGACAAGGUUCUUCGUGCGGCACUCGCUCUUCCCCUUAUUUUGUAGUCAUUUUGCAGCAGAUUCGAUGCGUGAUUCCGAAGCAAGAAGAGGAUUAUUUGGCCAACUUUCAGCUCGCCGUCAUGACGCUUAUGAGGGAAUGGGACUCGGAUAAAUCGCUUAAGAAGCUCCUGGAGCAGUUCUUUACAAACCGGGAUUAUCUGUGGGUUACGCGAACGUUGCCAAGGGAGCAGGUGAAGCAGAUCAUGGCGGGGAUGGUGCAAAUAGUGGAAUAUGUGGGGAGUUUCCCGUAUUAUAAGGAGUUGCAGAUGGAAUUGGCUAACAACUUGUCGAGUCUUAUGAGUCUUUAUCAAUCUUGAAU